UCCCCCGUGCUCGCAUAUCGCACGCAUGCACUUCCUAUUUCGCAUUGCUGGGAUUCAUUGCAUUCGUUGAUUGCCGAAAACUGUAUCUGUUGUGUGUAACUUUUUCCGUUGCUUUCACCGAAUUCCUUUACUUGCUAACUAGUACUGCCCAUAAUAUACAUCUUUCUGUGGAUUUUUACUUCUUGAUAUCCUUCUCGGUGUGUUUUAUCGGGGAUCAAGUCCAGAGCCCGUGAAAUAAAAUGACACAGAGGGUGAACAUAAGGAUACCCGGGCCCAGCGGGCCGUGGGGCUUCCGACUCGCCGGUGGGAGGGACUUUAACCAGCCGCUAUUCAUUUCAAAGGUAACACCAGGCGGCAAGGCACAUCGAGCUAAUGUUCUUGAGAAUGAUAAUAUUUUGGCCAUCAAUGGCUGUGACAUGGCCAAUGUUACCCAUCUAGAUGCACAGAACUUCAUCAAGUCCAAUGUUGGGGACCUCAUCUUCGAUAUAGAGAGGUCAGCUCAAGCAACUAUCUGGACACCAGAGGUCAAUCAGCAGCCUGAUACCGGUAUCAAUGUAUCACUCAAGGCUAAUAAACAGCAAUUCCAGCAUGCAGGAAGCAGUCACAACGUCAAACCCCGCCUCUUCCCGGGAGCCGGAGGGGGAGCGGCCCAACCCCAGUCGGGUCCAAACAUGGUCCACAAGCAAUUCAACUCACCCGUAGGGAUCUACUCCGCCCAGAAUAUUGCUGACAGUUAUAGAGGACAGACGGAAGGCGUGGCUUCGUCUAAUACAUAUGAGGAUGAUCAGCAGGCUCCUCCUGCAUGGCAGAAACCCUCAUCCUAUGGCGCAGGAUCCAGUCAAGCAAAUAGAUCAAGAAGCUUCAAUUUGGUUCAAAAACUAGCCGCAGAAGAUGAUAGGGAUUAUGGAGGUCAGCCAGCAUCAGCCCCGGCACCAGCCCCGGCCCCAGCACCAGCCGCUGCACCUGGUUAUCGACCAAGCGGAACUCGGUCUGUUAGGGCUCCCGUCGCUAAGCCAUCAUCCGGAGGCGCCCAGCCAGCGAAUGCCUUGCCAGUCUGUUCUAAAUGUGGUGAAAAUAUUAUGGGUCCAUUUGUGAAGGUGCGCGGUAAACCCCUUAUGCCGGAAUGCUUUACCUGUGAAUCAUGUGGCACAUCUCUACGCAAUAAAGACGGCGGCGAGGGAGAAGGAUUCUUUGUUAUCAAUGAGCUGCUGUACUGUGAAUCCUGCAAGAAUCGCAUCCAACGUCAGCCUGGUCAAGUUAACGGGAGCUCAGUCAAGUCUGCACCAAAGUCUCCUUCAAAGGCAGGACCUCCAAAAGUUGCCAACGAUGAGGAUCACACCUACCAGAAUGGGACGUCAAGUGCAGUGUCGUAUUCUACGCCUCCUGAACCAGCAAGCUAUGAUACAACGCCGGUGAAUUCUGAUCUGUCGUCCGAUGUGGCAUCAUUCCCUGACCCGCCCUCUUUCCUUACUGAGCAUGCUCCCGUUUCCUCACACAGCUAUAACGGCACAGGUGAUGCGACCGAUUCCGGUUACUCCGACCACCAGUCGGACGAUCUCCCGCCGCCGCCGUCGACGAUGAGUACAGUACUAUCCACCGCGCCGGCGCCAUGGAAUCCGAACGACAGUUACACGGCACCGGUGAUCCGCAGCGUAAGGGCACCAAAGGGCAAAUCUGGAAGGUCGCCCUCUCCAGCUGAUUCUAACAGCCUGCACAGUGUACCCGAAGAUGGUGUCAAGGUCAUGUUUGUUCCUAAGAAUCAUUUGGGUAAGCCACCCAGUCAGGUAGCAGGCCGUACUACUACUACUACCAAGACUUUUACUACUUCCUUUCAAGCUCCUACCAAUACUAUCACCGUUGAAGAAGACGAUAUGGCAGCUCCUCCUCCUCCACCACCCCCUCCAAUGGGAGCAGGAAACUAUGCCUGGAAAGCUAAUCCUCCAGCGGCACCCCGCCCUAGCCCCCCUCCAGCUGCCUACAGGCCGGGUCCACCCCCAGCCCCCAAGGGCCAACCCCCUAGGUCCGUCUUUCCGCAGCCGCCUCCAGUGAUGCUCAACCAGAGGGCUCAGGCAGCAGUUGCUCCACCUCCAUCAAUGCUCAACCAGAGGGCUCCACCCGUAGCACCUCCACCGGCACAGAGAGGUCCACCAGUGGCUCCUCCUCCGGCCCAGCGGGGACCACCAGUCGCACCCCCUACUGCUCCAAAGGGGCCACCUGUCCGAGCCCCACAGGCCCCGAGGGCACCACCGGCUCCUGCUCCUGCCCCGGCCGCUCCUAGGGGUGGAGGUAUGGCUCCUCCUUCUGCUCCUGCUACUGCUCCUGGUGGUAUGACCCGCACACCUUUCUGUGAUAGUUGCAACGAGCAAGUAAGGGGCUCUUUUGUGACAGCGUUUGGACGCAACUGGCAUCCGGAGCACUUUGUGUGUGCCCACUGCCAUGAGAACCUACAAGGAAAGGGUGUCAUUGAAGAUAAGGGAAAGAUAUUCUGUGAAGAUUGCUACAAUAGGCUGUACGCUCCCAAGUGUGCCAGCUGUAUGGGGUCUAUUACCGGGGAGUGUGUGAAAGCCAUGGGUGCCGAAUACCAUCCUAAUUGCUUCACGUGCGUGGUGUGCAAACAGCCUAUCACAGGGGAUGGUUUCCACAUGCAAGAUGGUAUGAUGUACUGCAAAAGAGAUUUCCAGAACAAGUUCCGAGGGGUGAACUGUGGGAGCUGUAACUACCCCAUCGAGGCAGGGGAUGCCUGGCUAGAAGCACUGGAUAAAUCUUACCAUGCAGAUUGCUUCUGCUGUACGCAAUGUAACCAGCGCCUUGAGGGACAGCGUUUCUACGCAAAAGGGGGCCGCCCUUACUGCCAGGCUCACGGCUCUUAAUGUAACCAUAGCAACGCUAUGCAACACUCUUAGUGUAAAGUAUUUAUUGGAGUUAGUGAGAUUGACACAACUUGUCUUGUAACAUAGCAAUGGUGAAGUUAGACUGUCCACUCGGAUUAUGAAAGUUAUAAUUUUUCUUAUUUCAUUUUACAAGAGAUAAUUUAUUUGGGAACAAUAGAGAUCAAUAUUUCAUCGUCAACAAACUUUGGUACUUUAGUAAUUCAUUAUUUUGAUCAAGUAAUGCAGGAAAGUAAAAGUUCUAAUAUAGUGCAUGGACAUACGUACACAACUUAUUUAUUAUUUGUAAAAGUUUGUAGAUCUAAUAGAGGGAAUAUCGUUUUCCCAACUAUGCUGUUAAAAAAAAAAGAGUAGUGGUGUAUGUUGUGUGAAUGCAAGAGGAGAGGAGAGAAAGAUGAGAAUGAUCAAAAGAGGAAUUUGAUAUAUAUUUUUAGGUACAUUGUAAAGAAAAUAUUUAUGGUAUAGUCAAGUCAACAGUAUAAUGGGUCCUUUUGAUUACUGAUUAAAUGAUUGCAAUUUAUCUUGUUCUUGCGAUGCUUCGAUGGUGCCAUAUGACUGGUGAAUAUGAUGGAUGUACAUCGUUGCAGAGCAAGCUUUUGUAUACUAUGGUUGCCUGGCGAGUGCACGCGAGUCUGCCAGAGGCGUUCCACUUGUUAAGUCAAAUUUACAAGCCAAUGAUGUCUUCAUCUCGAGAUAUCUUGUUGGACCAUUUUUUUUUACAAUCAGCAAUACUGGUAGAAAGAAUCAUUUUGUAAACCUUGAGUGCCAUUUUAAAAAGGCAGCACUAGCAUUGCGACACAAGUUUUGUAAUGGUCUUGUUCCGCAAAAGUGUUGUUAUGGGCAUUCAUGAGACAGUUGUCUAAGUAACUUUACCCAUUCACAAAAUUUUAUUGGUUCUAAGUGAACUUGAUGUCAAUUGAUAUACACUUAGAGUGUGUUUUGAUGCAUUGCCUGUAAUGUGAUGUCAUAACAAUCGAAAAUGUUGAUGCCAUAUUGCCCAUAUUGCUCAUUGCACAACUCUUACAAAAUAAUUUUGUAAUUGAAAAAUGAACUCUAAUUUCGAUCUCUAUCAAAGUUUUCUUACUCUUGGCAAUAGAGUUUAUAGGUAUUUAUUUUCAUUAAAAAUAUAUAUUAGACUACAUUACGCAAAAGGCUUCAGCAAUAUGUUAUAUGUUGUAGGUAAGAUACAUCUACGCUUUAUAUUGAUGUUAGUAAAAAUUUCUAUGUGAUAUUUAUAUGUAUUUGUGGGGAAUGAUAACAAGAUUUUGUAUAUACUGGCUAGAAUGAACAAUGUGAUCAUGAGCUAACUAAUCUAUAGUGCACUAAGAAAUAGGGAUUCUGACAUAUAAUCAUUAUACAGUAAAUAUAUAUAUAUUACAAGUAAUAUGCCAUCAUAGCCUACUGAUUUGUUAAUAGAUAUUAAAGUACUACUGCUUGAAAGCUUAAAGAUGGAAGAAAUUAUGGACAGGUAUUAUGUGUGUGGUAUACUUAUUUUAUGUUGUGAUUAAAUUGUGUAAAUACCCUUUUUCAGAAAAAAAAUGCAUGUGAUUUUAUGUUAUAUUAUAUAUACUAGUAGCAGACUUGGUAUUAAGUUUCUUAUGAACAAUUUGUGAAAUAAGGUUUUAUACAUUUGGAAUGGAACAGAAAGAGAGAGAUGGAAUUAAGUGCACUAUUUAAUGAAUUAUGGGAUAGAAUUUGAAUUUGAUUGUGCAACAGAUUGUCACCGGCACUGCUUUGAACAUCAUUUACUGUUGCUAUGGUGAUGGUAGUAUUAGACCUUGAUCUUGUAUUUAAUGUGAAUAUGAGGAAAAUUUGAAUUGAAUCAUUUGAGAUAUUUCAAAUCUGUGGUGGCUUGGGACAAGAAUUGAACAAAACAAAACAAAAUAGACUACUACAAGACAUGAAAAUGCCUUGAAAAAUAUAUAUACAUGUGGGUGAAAUAACCAUGGAAAAGGUGCUUACUUUACAUUUCACGAUACUUUCUUACUUUCUGUUGUGUAAGAACAAGAAUACCCUUCACAACUCAGCCUUGUUCGUCUAAAAACUGCUGUCUGUUCUUACACCUAUGUGACUGUAGAAUAUAUAUCAAUUUUCUGAAUUCAACCCACAUAGAUUAAAAACUGAAGUAAUUUGAAUUUGAUGUCUAUAUAUCCACAACAGUAAAUUGUAGACUUUUAUCUUCGAUAUUCAAUAUUAAAAUGAAAGAGGAUAAAUUGUCAGGUUUUGUCAAGUCAGGUAUUUUUAGUAAGAGGAAUUACAAUGAAGCAACAGUAAUUGUGUCUUAUUAUGUAGCAAUACUGAACAUUUGUAAUAUUUCGAGUAAGUAUGUGUGGUCAUACACUUGCGAAUUUAAUGUUAUGAUUUAUUAGUACCCAUCAUGCUUUGCUAGUAGAUUUCUCGUAGUCUGCUUUUGUUAAUCUCCCGAGCAAAUCCAUGUCUUCCAUUUAUUUCAUUAACCCUUUUCACUGUAUAAUAGAAUCAAUGCAAUUACAUGUGCCUAUCAGAUAAAAAAUGAAAAUUCAAAAAAAUGAAAAAUUAGCAGCUUUGUCUUGGCUCUCUUAGAUAAGGACAAAAAUAUAUCAAAUUAUGUAUAUGUUGUAACUUAAGAAAUUUGAUCAUGUAUAAUUGUGUUUAUGGGAACCAAAGUGAAUGGUUAUUUAAGAGUGCAGUGAUUACUGAAAAAAAAUGUUUAAAGAAUGACUUUUAAAGUAAAUCCCUAUAGGUGAUUACUCUAAUAUAUAUAUUCUGUCUUCCAAUUUUUUUUUUCUUUUUUUUUCAGAUUGUUGCCAAUUUGUAUGUAUUAUGUGUAAUUAACAUCAUUGAUUUAAAUAACUCAAUCUACAAGACAUGGAUUUUUAUUAUUAUUAUUUAUUCAUUUAAUUUUCUUUGGGAAAAGGAUGUACCGGGGGUAGUUUAAACACCUUGCCUUAGAUUAUAUAACCAAUAUUUUGUAUUGAAAUCAUUUGAAUUAUAUUCUAUCAUUAUUGGGAUUAACAAUUUGGACAAUUGUGAAGAAUGAAUUUGAUGAAUUUCAGGACUACAAAUAAUGUCUUAGUUACGCCUUUUACACAUCUAAAAACAGUCAUAUUUCUUUUUAUUAUUGUUAUGGAAUUUAUUCUAAUUUAUCAUCACCUUUGUAUAAGAAAGUGCUUUCACUAUUGGGAAAUAAAGCAUGCAAUCUUUUA